UCUUGCUCCAUAACUCCAUUCAUUCUCUUUUGAUUACGAUUUCUUGUCAACACUUGUUAAUCUAAUCCUGUUUAAUCUUCUCAUGGUUCACAAGGCAAAGGGCAACAAGGUCAAGUUUAUUUCUAAAUGCCUACUAGGUAAUAAGUAUUCAUAGGGUGUUUGAAUGGACAUUGGCAUUACUGUACCCCAGGUAGGGUAGCACUGGAGUAUUGACUUAUUAUUUCCCAAUGAUUCAUUUGUAUCCAUAUCCAUAUUCUUCAUCCAGUAUCUUCUCUUCUUCCUCUCCCUCAUCAUCUUCUUCUCUCCUUCUAGUUCCUUCUUUUCGACAUCCACAUCCAUAUCGAUAUCGAUACCGAUACUGAAAUCGAUACGGUCUUGUUAAUGAUAUCACGAACAUCACCAAAUACAUCCAUCCACCAUAUCUUCUUCGGUGGAACAAUACAUAGUUUCUCUUAUGCAUCCAUAAGGUGUUGAACGUUACUCAACAUGUCUUCAAUCUUGAGUAACAGUCCGUCGGCGACUUCUGCCACCGCAGUCGCAACCACAUCCACCGUGGCUGGGUCGGCGCAAGGCUCUGAAGGUAUCAGUCUGGUGGCUCUUCUUACGGCAAUGGCAUCUUCUGCUAUCAUUUUUGGUGUCCAGAUGAUAGCUUUUAUGCUCUUGAAGAACAAGCUUGCGCGGAUAUUGUAAGUUGAGGGACAUUUACCAUGAAGCAAUUUGCUAUCUGCAAACGUAUAUUACUGAAGGGCUUCGCUGAUUGAAUUCUAGCAAACCAAAGACCUACUUAGUCCCCGAAAAAGAACGAACGGAACCACCUCCGAGAAGUCCAUGGGGAUGGCUAUUCACAAUAUUUCAAUUUCGAGAUCGAGAAGUUAUCAACAAGUGUGGACUGGACGCCUACUUUUUCCUUCGAUACCUCCAAACUCUUUUGGUUAUCUUCAUACCUAUGGCCGUUGUCAUAAUACCAAUUCUUGUACCCAUGAACUACAUUGGAGGAAGAGGUGGCGAUUGGGCUUUACAGUAUGCAGACGAUAAAAAUACCACCGAAGUUUCCUCGAACCCAAAUGUGACUGGACUGGAUCAAUUAGCUUGGACUAAUAUACAGCCAAGCAAAACCAAUAGAUAUUGGGCACAUCUGGUACUUGCCUUGUUGGCAAUCAUUUGGGUUUGUGGUGUAUUUUUUGCGGAGUUACGGGUUUAUAUCAAAGUACGACAAGAUUAUUUAACAUCCGCAGAACAUCGACUCAGAGCUUCAGCAACGACUGUUCUCGUUAGUGCCAUUCCGGAUAAAUGGCUCACGAAAGAAGCACUCGCUGGACUUUAUGAUGUCUUCCCUGGAGGAAUUAGGAAUAUUUGGAUUAAUCGAAAUUAUGAUGAGUUGUUGACGAAGAUCCAUCUUCGGGACCAGAUCCAUUUGCAGUUGGAGGGCGCCGAGACGGAAUUGGUUAGGGCAGCAAAGAAAGCCCAGAGGAAAAUGGUAGAAAAGCAAGAGAAGAUUGACGCAAAAAAGGCGAAUCGCAAACUCACGAAGGAAGAGAAAGCUCAAAAAAUCAAAGAGGAAAAUGAGCUGGCGGAAAGGCUUGCGCAAAGUGGUGGGGUAGCUACUGGCGAGGAGGCUCCCCAUACAAUAGAUGAUGCGGUAGAUGAGGAGGCGGAAAUCGAAAGGCAGGAAGAAGACCGCCAACAUAAACGACACAGUUCGAAAAACAAAUUUAAAAUUGGUAAUCCAUUCGCCGCCGUGGGUCAAGGCUUCGAGGCAGUCGGACAAGGCUUGAACAGAGGUGUAAGUGUCGUUGGAAAGGUCGGUGAAACAGCGUUAGGGGGUGUCAUAGGGCUAGGUAGAGAAUUGGAUGAGACGAUUGAGGAAACUAAUGGUAAUGGCUUCAUGAAUUUUGACGCACAGUCGAUAGCGGAGGAUGAUGAAUAUGAUCAAUAUGGAAGAUAUAAACAACAACAACCACCACCGAAACCUUAUGGACAUGGCGUUGACGAUGGAAAUGGCCGGGAUCCUGAAAAAGAAGGAGUGGCAGGAGAAGAUCGUCCUUCAACGUCAGAACGUGAUCCUCGAAGCUAUGACGGGGAUGGAAAGUCGGUUGGCAACACAGUACGAAGAAACCGCUUCGAAUACGGAGGUGACGGUGCCAAUGAUGCCCUUAAAACGAAUAAUUGGUGGAAAUUCUGGAGAGGUCCCGCUGGAGGAUUUCCAUCCCCAGUUCCAACAGGAUAUGAAGACGACGACGAAUUUCCUCUAACUCAAGGCGACGGUCCGAGAUCGAGAGUUGCAACUGGUGCUCCUCCGAAGAAGAGUGCUUGGCAAGUGAUUAAAUCUAUCAUUCCUUUCCUAAAAUCGGAUGAUGGACCUGGAGUCGAGUAUCCGAAAGCGUACAAUGAAGAUUAUAAGGAAGAUGCGGCACCUGCAGCUUGGCAACAGUAUCUAAAGGAAAAGGAUAGGCCGAUGCAUAGAUUACCUAGGUUUAGUUGGACUCCUAGUUGGUUCCCCGGUAUUCCAGGAAUUAGUCCAAAGGUUGACACCAUCUAUUGGUGUCGGGAACAACUCGCUCAGCUCAACCUUGAGAUUGAAUUGGAUCAAAAGUCUCCAGAGAGAUUCCCACUCAUGAACUCGGCUUUUAUUCAAUUCAAUCAUCAAGUAGCUGCCCACAUGGCUUGUCAGUGUGUUACCUAUCAUGUCCCCAAACAAAUGGCACCACGUACUGUGGAGAUCUCACCUAAUGAUGUCCUUUGGGAUAACAUGUCCAUCAAAUGGUGGGAAUCUUGGCUUAGGACCGCUGUUAUUACUGCUGUCGUUCUUGGUAUGAUCCUGUUAUGGGCUAUUCCUGUUGCAUGGACAUCAACUUUAUCCCAGAUUUCUUCCCUCGUUAAUAGUACGCCUUGGCUUCAUUGGCUUAAAGUCAUACCCGAGAAGGUUCUUCAAGCUAUAGCAGGUGUUUUGCCAGCUCUUGUACUUAGUAUCUUGCUAUCAUUGGUACCAACGAUCUUGGGAUAUCUUGCAUUUGCUCAAGGUUCACAAACCGGCAAUGAGAAGGAAGGUUCGGUUCAAACGUAUUAUUUUGCAUUCCUCUUUGUCCAAGUUUUCUUGGUCGUGUCUAUAUCCGGUGGUGCGGUCGCUGCAUUGGGCUCAUGGUCCAGUGAUAUCACGUCUAUACCCGAAACACUUGCACAACAAUUACCGAAGGCGGCGAAUUAUUUUUUCUCUUACAUGAUUCUUCAAGCAUUUUCUGUGAGCUCGGGUACACUCUUACAGUUAACUACACUGAUCUUUUGGUUCGUUUUACCGAAAAUCUUUGAUAAUACUGCUCGACAAAAGUGGACAAGAAAUACAACUCUCCCAUCAGUAUCAUGGGGAUCAUUCUUUCCAGUUUAUACCAAUUUCGCUUGUAUUGGUUUAAUUUAUUGCGUGGUUUCUCCGAUUAUCAUCAUUUUCGUCAUUAUUACAUUCACCCUUCUUUGGAUUGCAAAUCGUUAUAAUAUGCUUUAUGUGUCUCGAUUCAGGAUUGAUACUGGAGGACUUCUUUAUCCCCGUGCUAUAAAUCAGACAUUUACUGGUUUAUAUGUCAUGGAAUUGUGCCUCAUUGGUCUGUUCUUCUUGACGAGGGAUGAGCAAGGUGAAGCACUCACCACUCAAGCAAUCAUUAUGAUUGUUGCUCUCCUAUUAACUGCUCUUUAUCAAUUCCUUCUCAAUUGGUCUUUUGGUCCACUCCUUCGAUAUCUACCAAUUACAUUUGAAGAUGAAGCCGUUCUUCGUGAUGAAGCAUUUGAUCGAAUGCAAGCCGAACGUCUAGGUCUUACCAUUGCAGAUCCUGAAGCAUUACCACAAAGUGAUGGUGCUGGUAUUCAAGGACCUGGAUAUAUCGAGAUGGAAAAUCUAAAUCCCUCUACCACACAUGGAGGUGGUGCAUUUUCUAAACUUAAACCAUCAAACCUCGUUCAUGGUGCUGCUGCAGCAGGUGGCUGGGCAUUACAAUCUGGUCGAAAUCUUCGUCAUAAAAAAUUUGCCCGUGGAGGCACAGCUGGUCCCCAACCUAUCGACGAACCAGUAAUCCGACCAACCAUCAUACGAAAACGUCGUCACAAGGACAUCGAAGCGCAGCAAAAAAUCGCAAAUGCUCUUUACGGUGGUUACAAUGAUGAAAUUGAAGAUUUAGCUCCGGAAGAAAGAGAUAGUCUUGUCAAACAUGCCUUUCAACAUUAUGCGCUCAGAGCUCGAAGGCCAGUGGUGUGGAUCCCGAGAGAUGAUAUUGGAGUUAGUGAUGAUGAAGUUAGGAGGACGAGGGAUUACGCUGGUGCCAAUAUUUGGAUUAGUAAUGUGGGGGCGGCGUUGGAUGCUAAGGGAAGAGUGGUUUAUGGCAGGAAUCCGCCGGAUUUUUCGGAGGUUGAUUUGAUUACUUUGUAGGUUUGUUGGUGGAUGUUUGGUUUGGAGUGGCAGAGGAAGAGGAAAGAAUUGGCGUUUUGGUCAAAGGUUGAGGGGGGAAAGGAGAGAAACGGAAGGGAAACGGUUUUUGGCAUACUUAAUGAUGGGGAAGUUGGUGCUUGUACCUAUGCUUGUUUUUGUGGAUAAUGGCCAAAAGUUGGCGAAUGGAUGUUUUUAUGAGCGAUUGAAGGAGGAGAAAAGUAUUGCUUGGACAUGCAUUGGAAACGGCCGUGUCCAAUUACAGGUGGUGGGUGUACAGAUGAACAGACAAUUCUAUGAGAGGAAAGGGAAUGAAAGCAAUGGGAGGAUCAGUUUUAGAUACCCCUUGUUUUAUUGGUUGGCUGGUUGGGAUAGAUCGUAGAUGGUAUGUUUAGAGAGAAUUGGAAAUAUGAAAUAUGAAUAUAAGAUACAACAAUA